AUGACCGAAGCAAUCUUAGCGAGUCGUUUACGUGACAUUGAAGAAGAAGUUAGAGCUGAGCGUGAUGUUCGACUUCGUCAAGAAAAAGAAUUAACAAAUUUACGAAUUGAUUUUGAUGAAUUAGAAACUCAACUGGAUGAAGCAAAUACAUUGCGUGAUCGUGAAUUAGAAGCAAAUAAACGUUUAAAACAAGAAAUACAUGAUCUUCGACAAAAAAUAGAAUUACAAUCAACUGAACAUGAUGAAAAUCAAAAUGGUGUACGACGACGAUUUCAAGAUACGGUUUCUGAUCUCACUAGUCAAGUCGAAGCGCUUAGUAAAGGAAAAGCAAGACAUGAUAAAGAAAGCAGACAAUAUAUUGUGGAAAUUGAAGAACUUAAAAAUGAAAUUGAAUCAUUAGCUAAAGGAAAAAAUCAAGCUGUAGCAAUGAGCAAAGAAUUAGAAUCAAAGACAAUUGAAAUGAGUCAAAAAAUUGAUGAUGCUAUUCGACAAUUGACCGAUGCUAAUGCAGCUAAAGGUCGUUUGAUUGAAGAAAAUUUAACUUUCAGUCGACGUUUAGAAUCACUUGAAUUUGAAUUUAAUCAAAUAUCAAUUUCAUACAAACGAGCACAAGGAGAUUUAGAAGAAGUUCGACUCCAUCUAGAAUCAGAAAUGGCCAUGAAUAGAACAUUACAAUCAACAGUGAAAACAUUUCAAAUGGAUUUAGAAUCAACAAAAUUACAGUUGGAAGAUGAAAUUGAAGCUAAAGUUGAAUUACAAAAACUUUUAAUUAAAAUUCAAGAAGAAUCACGUAUAGUGCGCGAUCGAUUAGAAAAAGAUAUUGAAGCAAAAAAUGAAGAAAUAGAAGAACAAAGACGAAAGUUUAAUGGUCGUAUCAAUGAGAUGCAAGAACAAUUAACGGAAGUAUUGGCGAAAGCAAGUAAUUUGGAAAAGAUAAAACAACGAUUACAAGCUGAGAAUGACAAAUUACAAGGAGAAGUUGAUAAGUAUCGUAAGAGAGCUGAUGAAGCCGUACGAAGAAAUAAACAAUUAGAAAAAGAAGUAGAUGAAUAUAGGACAAGACUGAGCCAUGUAAGCGCUGAAUUAGAAUCGGCAUUACAAGCAAAUCGUAAUUACCAAAGUGAAUUGGUCAAAGUGAAAUCAUUAAACGAACAAUUAACAGAGCAAAUUGAUAUAAUUACAAGAGAUAAACGUCGAUUACAAGAUGAAAUGGAUGUUGCCCUAAAUCAAAUAAGUGAUUUGAAUACAAAACUCGUUGAAAUGGAUCGUCAUCGUAAACAAUUAGAAGCGGAUAAAAUGAGUUUACUGUCAACGAUUGAUGAAUAUCGUGAACAAUUACAUUUGGAAGCAAGCAGAUCAGCUGCAUUAAGCGCUCAAUUGGAAAAAAUACGUGGUGAAUAUGAAAAAAAAUUAGCCGAAAAAGACGAAGAAAUAGAAUUAAUGCGAACAGCACAUCGUCGACAAUUGGAACAAAUGCAGUCACAAAUGGAAGAAUUAGAAUUACGUUAUAAAUCAGAAAUAAAUCGUAUUAAAUCAAAAUAUCAAGCAGAAAUCGAUGAAAUACGUAUGCGCUAUGAAUCAUUGAAAAAAAUUAAAGCCGAUUUAGAAAAUCAUCUCAAAAAAUUACAAGCAGCUAUUAAGGAUGUACAAGAUCAACUCAUUGAAGAACAAGCAAUACAUGAAGCAACAAGAGAAAUGUUAAACGGUUCGGAAAAACGAAAUGGUAUAUUACGAGCCGAGUUAGAAGAAAUUCGGGUUCUUCUUGAUCGAAGUGAAAAAGCUCGAAAAACAACUGAACUGGAAUUACAUGAUUCAGAACAACGUUUAACUGAAGCACACUCAGUGGCUAAUCGUGCCAUUGCAGAGAGAAAAAAAUACGAGGCUGAUGCUAUGCAAUUACAAGGAGAAAUCGCUGACGUGCGACAAGAAAUAAAAAUUUUAGACGAAAGGGCCAGAAAAUUAGCAGGAGAGUUGAUUAGACGGGACGAAGAUAUUCGUCAUGAACGAGAAAAAACAGCUGAAUGUGAAGCAUCUAAACGUGCAUUAGAUCAACAAUUACGAGAUGCAAGUGCUAAAAUCGAUGAAGCCGAAGCAUAUGCUCGAGCAGAAGCAAAAAGAAUAGCAGCUAAAUAUGAAGGACGAUUAGGACAAUUAGAAACAGAAUUAGAAUUAGAACGUGCUCGUUAUCAAGAAUUACUUAAAGAUUUACGUCGCUAUGAAAAGCGUGUUAAAGAUUUAUUGAAUCAAGUGGAUGAAGAACAAACAAAAGUUCUUUCUUUAACAGAUUCGAUGAGUAAAGUCAGUGAUAAAAUGAGAGUAUAUAAAUCUCAAAUUGAAUCAGCUGAAUCAUCGGCUGCUCAAGUUCUAACACGUGCAAGACGACUUGAGCGAGAAUUAGAAGACGCUGAAGAACGAGCCGAAAUGGUGACCACAACUUUAAUUCGUUCAAGAAGUGUACAUAGAUCAGAAAUGUACGAUUAA